CUCGACAAAAAAAAAUGGAACAAUAUUGUGAUUUUUCUCGAUAUAAACAUUGUAUCAGCUUUGGAUUUGAUUUUAUACAUUUAGUAUCGAAUAGUAUUUGCAAUGAUGACCAUAACGGCGAUUGGGAUUACGAAAAAAAACAACAUGUGAUAUUUCCUUCUAUAGUUUAUGAUAUUGUCAGUAAAUACGUUGUAGCUAGAGGAAAGUUAGAAGUGGAAAAAUUGAAGCUUAAAGGAGAUGAAUUAGGUCUUUGUUACGUUCCCAACAUAUUUACCGAACUUAACAAUAUAUUUUUGAGAGAAUCACAAAGAGAGUUUAAAUCGGAUGUUCAUGGUUUCGUUAUAACGCAAGAAGUAAUAAAAUUUCUACAAGAAGAAAUAAACAAUUGGGAAAGCUCCUUGAAAUGUUCAAAGUCGGACUUUUGCUAUGCAUUUACGCUACCCACAGAAUGGAACUACGAGAUUCAAGAAAAAUUAAUCCGUCCCCUCUUUAUUUCCGCUGGUCUCAUCAACAAACAUGAUCAUUGCGAUAUAUUGCUUUUUUUUACUCCACUAGAAUCAAUGUUUCGAUAUAUUCAAACAGAAAACAAUUAUUUAGCUAGAAAAAUGGAGUUGGAACAUGGUAGACAGUACGUUAUGUGCUCUUUGGAUUUUGUUGAAGCCAAAAUAUACCAAGUAUGUUCCACGAUCAUUAAAGUCAGUUGAGUUUAUAUUCCCUUUUGAAUUAAAAGAAAAACAAACGAGGACCAAAGCGAUUGUAGAAAAUCUGUGUAACUCUGUAUCA